AAGAAACACUUCCAGAAUGAGAACCUUGGUUUUGCUAUGCUUGGUGGCCGCCGCUUGGGCACAGUUCGAGGCAGGAUUCGUCAAGAUCCUGCAAGACAAGCGCUAUCAAGAGGGCAGCACCUUCGGGAACUUCCGUGAUCAGGAGGACGGCAUUAAGUACUUCGAGGAGACCGACGCCCAUGGAGUGAGGCGCGGCUACUGGGAAUACCCUUCUGAUGGCGGCCAGAUCCUCCGCACCGAGUUCGAAGCUGGCCCCGGCAUCGGCUUCAGGAUAACCAAUUCCAACCACCACGCCCCCACCCCCGUCGCCCAACCCCAGCCGCAGUUCCAGCCAGCGCCCCAACCCGCUCCCCAGCCUCUCCCCGCGCCUCCCCCUCGCCCCGUGCUGCGCCAGCCCGUCCACCACAACCCCGUCCACCACAACCCCGUCCACGUCCCGACCUUCAACCCCAUCACCACCACCACCCCAGGACCUCAGAACCUCUUCGACUACCCCGCCAACCUCGAAUUCUCCCGCCAGGGUUUGGGCCAUCGCUUCAAGUUCACCGCCGCGUAAGAGGAGCCUGAAGACCCAACACUCCUUCCUUUGUUUCCAGUUCUUCAUCCUCUGAGACUUUCUCUUCCUUCCCCUUUAUCUAAAUUCCUACUACAGUUCCGAUCUUAGCUACCUCAGACUCGCUCGUCUCGGUCUUCCUUCCUACCACCUCCUCUUCGUAAUCCCCACUUCUCUUCGCGUCUCUCUCGCCUCCAUUUCACCCAAGCAUCCCAAGGGAAGAGACUACGCUCCGUCGAAGUCCCUUACGCCUCCUCAUUCUGCCUCCGCCCACGCAAGACCAGCGAACGUGAGAUUGUAAACCGCGUGUCUGCGUCGCCUCAUCUUCGUCGCUCAGUUGUCUGCCAAAUCAUAUUUCACUUCGUGCUACAACUCUACUGGCUGCUUUUUCUCAGAGACAAAUGCGUUAAUUAAAGGGUUUAUGUAACGUAUUUAGGAAUUUGGGGGUAAGUCUUAUAUUUUGUAAAUUAUUAGUGAUUUUUAAUACAGUUGGUGGUAUACACUAAAGAUUAAUACUUUUGACGAUUUUAAAUAAGUAAAUUACAAUUUUCGAAGAAAAAAAAAUGCUUUGGAAUGAAUCAAGUCAUUUGUAAAAAUAGCAAUUCAUAUAUCUAAUACGAAUCUAAUGAAAUUGAUGAAGAACUCGCAGCUCGUAAGUAAAGUUGUAGCCGAGGUAAAAUUAUCAAGAAAUGAAAAACAAUAUGGGAGAAGAUGAUCAAGGUGUUGCAUUGCUUGUUAGCUGGUUGCCUUAUGUUGAUUUUCUGUUCGUUCCGCAACAGUAGUUCGACAAUUACUGGAUGUUUUUCAGUAAGUUCUUUGUAUAUUUUUGUAUAAAAAAAGAUGUUUUAAUAAACUAUAAAGAUUA